AUUGGGCAUUUCCUGGUGCAUUCACACAUGGACAUUCCAUCAAAACCACCACACCUGGCCAGGUAGAGGGGCCUUCUCCUUUAUGAGCUUCCAUAAAUGAUACUGACACUCACUUGAGCUGGCAGGUGCAAAGAUCAGCCCUUCCAGGACUAUGUACUUCAUCUCACUUCCUCCUUUUCCCAUAACUCAUCCUAUCCACUCCACGGAGAGCAAAGCUGCAACCAGUUUGACAGAGUCCCAGAAGGUCUUGCUUGCAUCCUCACCUGCAUGGGAAACUUCCACAGCUUCUGCAUCACCUGGGCAAGGAGGCUGUGCCCAGGCUGUGGAAGCGAGGGUGACAACAAAGCCAACGACGUUGCAGUUCACAUGGAGAUGGGAGCAGCUACUGGACAAGACAGCCAGCCCAGCUCCACAGGUUCGGAGGGUGAUGGCAACGGGAACAGCAGAUCACAGCCACCCCGGGGCACAGAGCUGAACGGCCGGCGCGGCCCCGCGGAUCCCUGUGAGCAGGCACCACCCAUCACUUCGAGCCCCGACAAAGGAACCCAGGUGACAGUGGAGAUUCACCACGAGGAUACCAGCCCCCAGCUCAUCAAGAGACUCUCCUUGGGAAAAGGUUCCCAGAGGCUGAGAGGACACGACAACAAAGGUUUCCAGAGGACUGAGGCCCCGCGGCCACCGGGAGCGAAGGACCUGCACGCAUAUCCAUGGGACAAAUCCUCUUUGAAAUCCAUGCCAGUAGAUCUGCAGCAAUUUGAGAAGCUGGAUGCCUACGUGUUAAAAGUGAACGUCAAGAACAGCGUGGAGGAACUGGUCAAAGCCCUGCUGAAACAAGCCCGCACCGACCUGGAAAAGGUCCGAGCCAUAUGGAUGUGGAUAUGCCACCACAUAGAAUACGACGUCGUGGGCUAUCACAACAAAAGCCAGCUGUCGAGCAAGCCCAGAGAUGUGCUUCAGAUGGGCAAGAGCAUUUGUGAGGGCUACGCUGAGCUCUUUGAACACAUGUGCAGUCUUGCAGGGAUUCAGUGCAAAAAGCUCUCGGGACAUGCCAAGGGACACGGGUACAAGACAGGGCAGACCUUUACAGGGGACUCUGACCAUGCCUGGAACGCCGUCUACCUUGAGGGAAGGUGGCAUUUACUGGACAGCACCUGGGGGAGUGGUUCUGUGGAUGAUUCCUUCACCAAGUUCACCUACAGGUACAAUGAGUUUUACUUUCUGACUCACCCGGCCCUGUUCAUUAACAAUCACUUCCCAGAUAACAGUAACUGGCAGCUUCUUAAGCCCACGCUGACGCUGAAGGAGUUUGAGAACAACAUGCUGCACAACAGCAACUUCUACACGCUGGGGCUGCUGGCCACACACCCCGAGACUCCCAUCAUCCACACAGUGAAAGGAAAAGCCUCUGUAUCCGUGGACUGCCGUUCCAGCAUGUUAUUCAUGUUUAAGCUGAAGGGAACAGACAAACACGGUUUGAUGACUUUGAAAAAACACGGAAUGAAGCUGGAUGUCUACCCACAGAACACAGGGAGUCACAAGCUGGAGAUCUUUGCCAAGUCCUCCAAGGCCGAGGCUUCAGAUGACGUCUACAAGUGCGUGGUGGAGUACGUGGUGGAGUGCGAGUCCGUGGACAAGGCCAUGUGCUUCCCCAAGGAGCUGCACCAGCCCGUCGGGCCCAGCUGGUUCUCGGAGCGCCAGGGCUUCCUGCAGCCGUCACACCGCGAGCCCGUCCUGCACACCAACGACGGGCGCUGCUCCCUCACCUUCACCCUGAGCAAGGACAUCAGCGUCCUGACCUCGCUGCACACCGACGGCAGCAGCGACGAGGACAUGGGCAGGCGGCACGUGCUGCAGACCCACCGCGGGAACCAGAUCGAGCUGAAGGUCCACCUCCCGCACGCAGGGAGCUUCGUUCUCAAGAUCUACUCCAAGAAGAAGUCGGACCCUGGUAAUUACGACUACGUCUUCAACUACCUCAUCAGGUGCCUGAACACAGAGGUGAAGUGGCCAGCCUUCCCCGAGAGCUACGGCAAGUGGCUGCAAGACUACGAGAUCCUGGAGCCGCUCUCGGGCCUGCUGCCGGCCAACUGCAACGUCCAGUUCAAACUCAAAAUGCACGGCGUCGCCAAGGUGCUGGUCCGGUCUGAGGACAUCCACCCUCUCACCCAGAACAGGGACUGCUGGGAGGGAACCUUCAACACCUCAGGGUGCAGAGAGGUGUUUGUGAUGGUGCACGAGAACGCCAACCACAGCUUCUACUCGAGCGUCCUCAGAUACGAAGUUGAGACCCAGUAACACCCACUCCUUGUUCUUUCACUCACCUGCAUGAACCAACCUCCCCAGCGUGCCCCAAACCAAAGCACCUUUUGGAGAUUGCUCAUUCUCUCAACCAAAUCUGUUCUUUCAACAAAUGCAGGAUAACACUUGCAGGCUUUUGCAAGACCGUGCGCUCAAAGAUGGUCAAGGAAGCAGAAAAUCCUGUUAAGAAAAGGAGCAGCAGUGGAAGACAUGAGAUAAAACCCUUGCCUGUAUUUCAGUAACAUUGUCCAGGCAAAUACUUACAAGAAAACAACUGACUGUCUGCAGGGAAUUCUGUGCCAGCAGGGAUUGCUGGUUUCCAAGUUAUGGACCAUAAGAAAAGUCUUACGAGGGCUACUCCAAGAAUUCACCUAGUUAUGGGGCAGGAUGAAGAAAGUGCACCCUGGUUUUGAGCAGCAACAUUGGACACGAGGAACUUCAGGAUAUUUAAACCAAGUUUCUGUAUAGUAUAACUUUAGUCAAGUUGCAAAAUACAUCUGAGGAGAAAGAGGAGUUAGGAAGAGCAUACAACAUGAAGUUUCCUUGUGCACUUCACUGUCUUACAGAUUUCAAUAAUACUGGAAAAAUACUUUUUACACUGACUCUUAAAUACAAUAAACAAAAUCAUUUUUACCUUUUUA